AUGAGUAAAAAGGUAAGAGAUAAUUUCGAGUUAAAGGUGUUUCGUUAGACAUCUCCGGAAGAAGAGUUGGAAAAACAAUACAGGGAAUACAAAGCCCAAUUUGAGAAAUGGAGGGAAGCAAACAGGUAGGUUCUUGUUAUCAUCAACAUAAUAUUUUCAGGGGUUCCGAAGGAUCAGAAGGUUAUAUUCAAUACGUUAAACAGUUCGAGAAAUGGGAACGAGACGUGGAAGCGAGGAGGCGAUCUGUAAGAGCAAAAUCUGAGCAAGAAAGACGACAACAAGCUUUGCAAGAGCAACAGAAGCAACAUAAUGAAGAAGGUGAGUUUAUUAAAUGGAGUUUUAGUAUUUUUAGAAGCCGCAGCCAAAUAUGCUGAGCAACAAAAAAGUUAUAUGGCCAUGCAUCAAAAGGCGAUGCUGGAAGAAGAACGGCAACGGCAACAACGACAGAACCCAGCACAGGCUCAAGGCCAUGCGGAUGAAACAAGUGAGUAAAGUAUGAUAUUAAUUUAUACCUAAAAUUUGGAAUUUUAGUAAAAAGAGGUCCUCACAUUCAAGCAGAACCUCAGCCCUUGUUUUCUACGCAGAAUGUUCAACGGUCUGCUCUUUGGGGUCCGGAUGGUGCAGAUUUUCCUCCAACAGAUCCUAUGUCUAUUCGAUGGGGAAUCAGAGCGGCUCCACCCAACUUCAAAGUAAUGUAUGAACCUCCACCGAGCAAUGUUCCAAUUAACCCAUCGUGGUAUUUGAUGAAGAAGAUGGAGGAUCAAGGGCUUUUCUACGGAUAUAAUGUGAAUUUGAAUGGGGUCCCGGAGAUUUCUUCAGAAGGAAUUCCGCCAUCGUUAUUCAAUGCAGUUAAAGAUGGUCCCGAAGGAACGAUCUUGCCAAUUACAACCUCUGGAGGCCAGGCUUUUCCACCACCGAUGAAUCGAUCUCUUAACGUCCCUCCGCCACCGACAGACUUUUCGGUUCCGCCGCCUGGUCUAGUAUAA